AUGGACAGUGAUAUCAGUCAGAAUGGUGAGACAAAGCCUAGCUUUCAAACCAAGGAGCACAUAGCAAAUGGUCUCACUACAGUUCCAACAUCAGUGACACUGUCGGCUGAACAGUUUGAGAGGCUUUAUUUGACUCCUAUGACCGUUCGCCAGUCACCACUAUCCAAGAAGGUUGGCAAUCCGACACCAUUAGCACUUGGAGGUUUUGUUAUCACCACAACCCCCCUUUCAUGCUGCUUGAUGGGAUGGAGAGGAGCCAGCGGAAAUGGAGUUGCUUUCAUCGGACCUAUCGUCUUCCUUGGUGGUCUCUUGUUGCUCCUCACCAGCAUUCUUGAGUUCAUUAUUGGAAACACGUUCCCCUGUGUUGUGUUUGGCACUAUUGGCGGUUUCUGGUUUGCAUUUGCAGCAACAAUGAUUCCCUCCUUCAAUGCAGCCGCUCCCUAUUCCUCGUCAACCACCAGUACAACGGCCGGGCUAGCUAGCGAAGGUUUCCUGAAUACAUAUGCAUUUUUAUUUGUAACGAUGGCUAUUCUGAUGUUAAUCUUCUUCAUUUGUUCGACACGCAUUAAUGUGGUUUACACAUUGAUUUUCCUCACCCUCUUCGUUGUCUUUCUCCUUCUCACUUCGGCCUACUGGGAACUAGGCCAAGGCAACCUAGCCAGUGGUGGUCGAUGUGUAAAAGGUGCCGGAGCUGCGCUAUUUGUCGCGAGUUUACUCGGCUUCUACCUAUUGAUUGUUCAAUUGUUUGAAUCCGUAGGGAUCCCACCCUUUUUGCCGAUUGGAGACCUGUCAACAUUUUGGGAUCGCAAUCAAAACAAAGUGCGAGGCAGUGAUGCUGGACAUUCAUAA